AUGUCUCGUAGACCAGAAACUUCUACCAACACUGCUGAGAUUAUUGCUUGCGCUCUCGAGCAAUUGGUGUACGCACUGGAAGGACAACAUGCAGGACCUAUCCUAAGAAAUCGUGCAAGUAUGAAUGACUAUUUACGUCAUAAUCCUUCAAAGUUCAAUGGGAGGGAGACUCCUGAUGAGGCAGACGAUUGGAUCUGCAAUAACGAGAAGAUUUUUGAAGUGAUAGACAGUUCAGAAGAGCAGAAGCUUGUGUUCUCCACCUUCAUGUUAGCUGGGGAGGCGGAGUAUUGGUGGAGAGGCAUGAGGCAAUUGAUGAACGCAGAAGGAGAGAAGAUCAACUGGGUGAACUUCAAGACGAGAUUCUUGGAGAGGUAUUUUCCUGAGAGUGCCAAGUAUGAGAGAGAAGCAGAGUUUUUGACCCUACAACAAGGAGGGAGAACUGUGCAGGAAUAUGUGGCACGCUUUGAGUACCUCGCUAGGUUCUACACUCACACCAUAAGUGAGGAGUUGAAGUGCAGAAAAUUCGAGAGAGGCUUGCGUCACAACCUGUUGAGAUUCAUAAUUCAUAUGAAGAUCAAGACAUUUCCUGAGAUGGUGGAACAUGCCAAGAUGGCAGAGCUGAUGGAAGAAAGUCAAAAUCGGGUGGUGAGAACUCAAAAAGGCAGUUUCUUUAAAGACAAACAUCAAAAGAAGCCAUAUGCGAAGCCGCAUAAGGGAGUUUUUAGAGGCGUGAAGUGCUAUGAGUGUGGAGGUCCUCACAUCAUGAAGAAUUGUCCGAGAUUGACAACUUCAAAGCUUGAAGAGAAGAAAUGUUAUUCCUGUAAUAAGCCUGGACAUUUUGCAGCUUCAUGUCCAGAGAAAAGGACAUCAGAGGGAGCUCCACAGACACAUAAGCCUUUUGGAGGGAAGCCGAAGGCAGCAGGACGAGUCUUCGCCAUGUCAGGAGCCGAGAUGUGUUCAUGUUUUGUUUGA